UGUGUGACGUCACUUCCGAGAAGCGGAAGAUAUUUCCCCCCUCCUACUCUUUGAAAGAUAAACAAGCGUCUUUCGGGUUAGGCGUUUUACAGCAUUGGUUUUGUUUUUCGACCUGAUUUUAUUGUUUGCAGUCCUGCAACGAGGAACAAGAGUGGGAAUAUUCCCGCCUCAGCGCCAUGUCGGCCGAUCUGGACCUGUCCCCCCCUGAGGUCCCGGAGCCCACCUUCCUCGAGAGCGUGCUGCGCUACGGGCUGUUCCUGGGCGCCAUCUUUCAGCUCAUCUGCAUCCUGGCUGUCAUCUUCCCCACAUCCAAGGGGCAUGAACUGGAGGAAACCGAGUCCGCUGAUAGCAAAGCUGCUGAACAGAUGAAGAAGCCUAAAGGACCAGCAACUCAGAUUCGACAGAAACCUAAGAAAGAAAGCAAAAAGAAGCGAUAGACAGCGCUGUGUGUGUGUGUGUGUGUGUGUGUGUGUGUGUGUGUGUGUGUGUGUGUGUGUGUGUGUGUGUGUGUGUGUGUGUGUGUGUGUGUGUGUGUGUGUGUGUGUGUGUGUGUGUGUGUGUGUGUGUGUGUGUGUGUGUGUGUGUGUUAGUUAUUACUACACUUAUUAUGACACUAACAUUGUUGUGUACUGAAUUUGAGACAUUUCAGAAUGACCUGGAACUGUGUCCUGUUCACAAUCAACACUAUUACAAGGAGCAAACUGCUAUGGCGUUUCGCUGCCUGCUUUAUAUUUUCGAUACACAUUUCAAUGGGUAAAUGUUUUGCAUUUAUUUUCUUUUAUAGUUGAACAUCAUUGAUUGGAAUUCUGUUUGAAUUAAGGCAGACAAUUAAAGCAUUUUGCUGUCAUUCAA